UUUAGAACUAAAAGUGCUGUUCAGUAAUUGUAAAUCAAAUUGGUACAAAUCGUGUCAGUUUAAAAUUGGUGAAGUAAUUACCCUAAAAUAUGAAAUAAAUGGAUAAAAAAAAGUAUGAUAAGAGAUCAAUAUCUCCGUCAUCAUCAUCUGCAAGCUGCAGUUAUAAAAUACCAAGAACAACAUCAUCUUCAAAGAAGUCUGGUGGUGAUGAUGGAUCAUCGAAUCGAUUUUCAUUUAGUUCGUAUAAAUAUGAAUUAAAUAAGAUUAUAUGUCCUUAUUCACGAUCUCGUAAAGAUAUCAUCGUUGAUGAUACAAAUGAUUUUUGGUUAUUUUUAAUUAAAUAUGAGACAAUUAUUAAAAAAAAUAAUACGAAAACAAUUAAAUCGAAUCCACCACAAAUUGAUUUAAAUGAAAUACCAGAAAAGAUCGUUAAAGAACAUACAAAUAAAAUAAAUUUAUUAAAAGAUAUCGAUAAAUUAUAUGGAUUAUUACCAAUUCAUGAUCCAGAUUUAGAUCGACGAUCAAAAUUAACUAAAAAUCAAUUUAUUGAAUUUAUACAAAUUGUUGAAUUAUAUUUAAAUUUUAAAUUAAAAGAGAAUUGUAAGCAAAUACGGAAAAUACAAGAAACUCAACGAAAUUUACCAGUUUAUCAACAUCGGGAUGAAAUAAUUAAAGCUGUACAAAAUGAACGAGUUGUUAUAAUUGCUGGAGAUACAGGAUGUGGAAAAUCCACUCAAGUUCCACAAUACCUUUAUCAUUCUGGAUUUAAUCGUAUUGCUUGUACUCAACCAAGACGUAUCGCUUGUAUUUCAUUAGCAAAGCGUGUAACAAAUGAAACAUCCAAUGAACAUGAAGUUGGCUAUCAAAUACGAUUCGAGAAGCACAAAAAUAAAAAUACUAAAAUACUUUUUAUCACUGAAGGAUUACUUUUACGACAGUUAUCAAGUGAUAUAGAAGCCAUCGACUAUGAAGUGAUAAUUCUAGAUGAAGUACAUGAACGUCAUCUGCAUGGUGACUUCUUAUUGGGUAUCGUUAAAUGUUUAAUUUAUCAACGACCACAAUUAAAAAUUAUUUUAAUGUCUGCCACCAUUAAUAUUGAACUAUUUACUAAUUAUUUUUCAUCGGAAAAUGCUAAAGUUAUUCAGGUGCCAGGCAGAUUAUAUCCAAUCAAAUUACAUUAUCGACCAAUAAUCGUUGAGAAUAAAUAUCAAGCAGCAGCAGAACGAUUUAAUGCACGACCAUAUGUUCAAGUUAUGCAAUACAUCGAUGAAAAAUAUUCAAAAACAGAAAAAGGUGAUUUAUUAAUAUUUCUAAGUGGUUUGAAUGAAAUCACAAGUGUUGUGGACGCAGCCAACGAAUACGCUAAAUUAAAAGAAAAUUGGAUAGUUCUGGCAUUACACAGCACUUUAUCUUUGGCUGAACAAGAUAAGGUAUUCGAUUAUCCACCAGAAGGUGUACGAAAAUGUAUUGUAUCAACAAAUAUUGCAGAAACAUCUGUUACAAUCGAUGGAAUACGUUUUGUUGUGGAUUCUGGGAAAGUGAAGGAAAUGAGUUAUGAUCCGAUCAAUCGUAUGCAACGUUUGAAAGAGUUUUGGAUAUCAAGAGCUAGUGCUGAACAACGUAAAGGUCGUGCUGGUCGUACAGGUCCUGGUGUAUGUUUUCGAUUGUAUUCCGAGAAAGAGUACGAAGAAAUGGAAUUGUAUUCAACACCAGAACUACAGCGUGUACCAUUAGAUUCGUUAAUGUUACAAAUGAUUGCAAUGGGUUUACCUGAUGCACGUAAAUUUCCAUUUAUUGAAGCACCAAAUCCCGAAAAUAUUGAAAAUGCUAUCAUUUCACUCAAAAAUUUGGGUGCACUUACAGAAAAUGAAGAAUUAACAGUGAUUGGAAAAACAUUAUCACAUUUACCAGUCGACAUUGUUAUUGGUAAAAUGUUAAUAUUAAGUUGUGUAUUCGAUCAAGUGGAUCCUGUACUUGGACUAGCUGCUGCAUUAAGUGUUCAAUCACCCUAUACAAAUAGAGCAUAUCGUGAUCUAGAUUGUCAAACAUUAUUGAAACGAAUUGAAUCUGAUGAUGGUGAUCCAAUCACCUUAUUGAAUAUUUAUCGACAAUGGUUACAUAUUAAAUACACAACCAGUACUACAACCAGUUCAAAUCAAUCAUCGAAUAAUUCUAGGAAAUGGUGUAGAAAACAUGGUUUAGAGGAACAACGAUUUUAUGAGAUUACCAAAUUACGUGCACAAUUUCAACAAUUAUUAGAGGAUUGUAAUUUAUUAGAUAUGAAUAAAAACAUUGGUAAUAAUUCUGGUGAUAGUACAGAUCGAUCGAUUCGAUAUGGUGAAUUAAAAUAUCUACGUCAAUUAAAAUAUAAGUUAAAGAAAUCUGAUUCUGGUGGUGGUGGUGGACGUAGACGUAUGUUAAAAAUUAAUUUUUAUGAUAUGGAAAGUGUACAAGAUGAUGAAGAUGAUCAAAUUGAUAUUCGUGAUGUGGAAUUUCGUUUAAGUAACGAUCAAAGAAAAGUUCAAAAGUUAUUAUCAGAUAUAGAUACAGAUUCAGAUACAACAGAUUCAUUUAAAGAUAUAAUAAUUAUAAAAUUAAUAAUAACAAGUGGAUUUUAUCCACAAUUAGCUGUACAAGAUGAAUUUAAUUAUUGUAAGUCAUUAAAUGAACAAUUAUUUCAUACAAAAACAAAAGGAUUUGUAGCAUUACAUCCACAAAGUUAUUAUGGUUCACAUCCAGAAUGUUUACAAUUACAUGAGAAUGAUAUAGAAGUACCACCAGAUGGUUAUUAUAGUAAACGUCCAUUAAGUUGUAAACAUCAAUUAUUAUGUUAUUUAACAUUAUUAGAGACAACAAAACCAUAUUUAAUGAAUACAAUUAGAAUGCCAACAGCACAAACAUUAUUCUUGUUUGCACAAACUAUUGAAACAAAUCAAACAUUUACAAGAAUUGUUUGUGAUAGUUGGUUGUUGUUAGAAUUUCCAUUUCCAGAAAGUGGUCAAAUUUUAUUAUUAAAAGCAUCCAAGAUUCGUUUAAAAUGGAACAUGUUAUUAAAUCAACGAUUGAAAUCAUUACAAGAUGAGCCAGAUCCAGAUACUCAAGUUGAUAAAGAUCCAAAAUCAAAUUCAAGUGAUCGAUACAGUUUAGAACAUGAAUUAGAAUCAGAUUUAAUUAGUUACAUGAGAACGAAUGUCAGUUAUACAGUUCAUCGACUUCUAGCAGCUGAUCUAAAAACAUUGUACGUAGGAAGUGGUAGAAACAUGGAUACUAACAUUGAAGUGAAUCCUUUUGAUAAGUCCUUUUCACCGAUUCCAUAUAAAAAAGGUGGAAUACAAUUAACUGAAAAUAUUUUUUAUAAUUGUUUAAUAGAAACAGAAUGGAGUAUAAAUAUUGCAUUACAAGUGGAACAAACUCCAUGGAAAUGUACAGGAUGUUCAAUUGAAUAUUGUUUUUCAACUAUUGAUAAAUUACAACAUCAAGCUGUCUGUCGACCACUUCAAAACAAUCAUCAUAAUCAUGAUGAAUUGAAUGAAAUGGAUUCAAAAGCUUCAUCAUCUAAAACAAUCGCAUACGAUUGUAAAGAUUGUAAUAAAGUUUUAUAUUUAACACCGAUUCAAAUUUUAAAACAUAAAAAACAACAUUCUUCUAAUUAAUUAAAAAAAAAAAAAAACAUAUUUUUUAAUAAAAAGGAAAUUUAAUUAAAUAACUUUGUUGAUCACUAAACAAAGAUCAGAGAAGAACAAGAUUUUGAAAUAAGAUACUUUAAAAAUUACAAUCUUGAAGAUUUUGGACAACAGACAAGCUUGUUUUAUCCAAUGCUAAGAACAAACAGAACUUUAUUCGACGUCAAUCGGCAAAUUGUCGUAAAUUUUGCCAUCCAAGUACACGCAAGAAGUAUAUUUCAUGUUGAAAUGCUAGCUUUAAGUUUUAUAUAUUAUUACUUGUUUUUUUCUGUCCUAUCCUUAUCUUCCUUAUUCCUUUCUCAAAUUCCAUAAUUCACUCCUCAUUUUCAAGCUUAUUAUAUCUACCUGUGACGAAAAAUAUCCUCACUGUCUAAAAAUGUAUCGCUUAGAGAAAAACACGUUAGACAAAUAAUUUAAACGAAAAAAAAUAUCAUAAAUUUAAAUAAUAAGUUUCGAAAGAAA